AUUAUAGUCAGUCUCUUUUUAGGAGACAUUAAUAUUAUAUAAAUAUAUGUUUGAGGUGGAGUUUGAUAAGCGUCUUAGAAGUGCAUCAGAGAGGGAUCGGUUAAAUGAAGGACAGGAGGGUUUAGGAGGGUCUCCAAGUCGACGUAGAGCAAAAGUUGGAUAUGGAGAUCGUUUUAUUCCUAGUAGAGAUGGGAUUGAUUUACAAGCAAGUUUUAAUUUGGCAGAUAAUAAUGUAGAAACAUCGAAAGCUAAACGUAAAACAGGAAAUGAAGUGGAUGCUCAAAGAUUGGAAGAAUCUAAUAAGAUAUUUUUACAUUUACUUCGUUUUGAACUUUUUGGAUCAACAAUUUUAAAUUCGUUUUCUAAUUUACCAUCAUCCGAUUUAUAUGUAGGUUCUCGAACUCCACCUCCUCAGAAAACACCGGUUAACCGACCUGUGACGCCUUCUACGCCUCCAAGGAAUUUAUUUUCAUAUAUAUCACCGCAAAAUAGAACGCCUACGAGUGGAACUCGGACUUCAGGUAGCGGAGGAAGAAAUUGUAUUGAUGAUCCAACUCGUGAAAUAUAUUCAUUAUCUCCUGUUCGGUUUGAUUCUCAAAGAUUGCUUCUUUCUCCUAGGAAGCAGCCUCGUGCUAUUCCAAAGGUUCCAUUUAAAGUUUUAGAUGCACCUGAAUUACAUGAUGAUUUUUAUUUGAAUUUGGUCGAUUGGGGUUGCAAUAAUAUUUUAGGCGUGGGACUUGGGACAUGUGUUUAUUUGUGGAGUGCUCAUUCUGGAAAGGUUACAAAGUUAUGUGAUCUAGGUCCAAAUGAUUCUGUUACUAGUGUUUGUUGGAUUCAAAGAGGUUCUCAUAUUGCUCUUGGGACUAAUAAGGGAUUAGUACACAUAUGGGAUGCUGAACAAUGUAAGCGCACAAGAACAAUGCUAGGUCAUACUUCUAGAGUUGGAUCACUUGCUUGGAAUGAGCAUAUUCUUACUUCAGGAGGAAGAGAUCAUCAAAUUUUUCAUCGGGAUGUAAGGGUUCCUGAGCAUCAUAUUAAGCAACUCAGUGCACAUAAACAAGAAGUAUGUGGGCUGAAGUGGAAUUGUGAAGAUGGACAGCUUGCUUCCGGUGGGAAUGAUAACAAGUUAAUUGUAUGGGAUCGUUUGAAUGAAACACCUUUAUAUAAAUUUUCAGAGCAUACUGCUGCUGUUAAAGCUAUUGCAUGGAAUCCUCACCAACACGGUAUUCUUGCUAGUGGUGGUGGCACUGCUGAUAGAACUAUAAAAUUCUGGAAUACCCUUAAUGGACAGCAAAUUUCAGAAAUAGAUACGGGAUCUCAAGUAUGUAAUCUUGCUUGGUCUAAAAACUCAAAUGAGAUUGUUUCUACUCAUGGAUAUUCAGAAAAUCAAGUAAUAGUAUGGAAAUAUCCAUCUAUGUCUCAAGUCGCUGCUUUGACUGGACAUACAUAUCGAGUUUUAUAUUUAGCGAUGUCGCCUGAUGGUCAAACUAUAGUUACAGGUGCUGGUGAUGAAACUUUGCGAUUCUGGAAUGUUUUUUCUAAAAAUAAAAAUGAUUCAGAUCGCGAUUCAUUGUUAGAUCCUUUUACGAAGAUAAGAUAGAUUUAUGUAUGAGAUUUUUGUUGAGAAUAUUACAUUUUGGGAAUG